CGGUCACGUGGGCGGCGGGAGCGGGGCCGGCGGUGGCGAGAGGCUGAGGCGGCGCCGGCGGCGCAGGCAGCAGCAUGGCGCUGGCGCUGGGCGGCCUGGGCCUCCUGCAGGGCCGAGUCAGGCUGGCAGCCGCAGCCGCCGCGACCUCCUCCCUCGGCCGGCCCGGCCGCCGGGCGCCGGUGCAGGGAGGCGCCGCCACUGCCGCUCUCCCCUCGGCCGGGAGGAGCUACGGUUCCGAGGCGAAGGAAGAGGAGGAGCUGCGGGUCCGGUACCUGGAUGAUGAGCACAAAGGAAUUGUGGUGCUUGGAUUAAACAGAUCUCAUGCCAAGAAUGCGCUUAACAAAAAUAUUUUAAAAAUGAUGUCAAAAGCUGUGGAUGCUUUGAAAUCUGAUAAGAAAGUACGAACUGUUAUAUUCCGGAGUGAAGUCCCGGGGAUAUUCUGUGCUGGUGCUGACCUUAAAGAAAGAGCAAAAAUGCACUCAAGUGAAGUUAGUUCUUUUGUCUCAAAAGCAAGAGCAACUAUUAAUGAAAUGGUAAUGGAGAGUCACAGGAAAGCAGGAGGCAUCCCAAGACUACAAGAUGCUGCUGCUAAUUUGCCCGUACCUACUAUUGCUGCAAUAGAUGGAACUGCAUUAGGUGGUGGCCUAGAACUUGCAUUAGCCUGUGAUAUAAGAGUGGCAGCCUCUUCCGCUAAAAUGGGCCUAGUUGAAACAAAGCUGGCAAUCAUUCCAGGUGCAGGGGGGACACAGAGAUUACCUCGCACAAUUGGAGUGUCUUUGGCAAAAGAACUAAUCUUCUCUGCACGUGUUGUGGAUGGUGAGGAAGCAAAAUCGAUAGGAUUGAUUAGCCAUGUGGUAGAACAGAAUGAAGCAGGGGAUGCUGCAUACAGAAGAGCAUUAGCUCUGGCAAAAGAAUUUUUACCUCAGGGACCAGUAGCAAUGAGAGUUGCAAAACUGGCCAUCAAUCAGGGAAUGGAGGUCGACUUAGUAACAGGUUUAGCAAUUGAAGAAGCUUGUUACGCUCAGACUAUUCCAACAAAAGAUAGAAUUGAGGGUCUUCUUGCAUUUAAGGAGAAGAGACCUCCUCGCUACAAGGGAGAAUAAAAGAAGUUGAUGCCUUUAAAAUACAGUGGGAUAAAAGUACUGCUAUGUGGACCAUUAAGGUGCAUUUUGCAUCUGCGCCUGGAAUAUCACAACCACCAAAGUAAAAGCAAAUCAUACUGAUGUUACAUUUUAAAUGUGUCCAUACUUGUACUGGGCCCAGAUAGAAAUGUGUGUCAACUCAUGCUCAUUAUGGUUUCUGAAGGUUGAUCUGUGUAUUGGCAAGGUCACAGGUUCAUGCAGCAUUUUAAAAAUUUCAUAUGUGUAAAACGUACCAUUCCACAACUGAAAAAGCUCUGUAAAUUCUUUAUAUAGACAAAACCUAUAUGUGAUGUUAACUAUAAAUCUGCUGUAUCAUUUUAUCAAAAGUGACCACUGAACACCAAAAAUAAGAAAUUGUACAAAAUAUGCAUUAAAACGAUUCUGUGUAUCAGUAAAAAUUAUAUUGGAGUAUGCUACCUGAGUAUGUACCUUAUUAAUAAAGCUAAGGGAAAUGAAAAGGAUUAUUGUUUGGAAAAUGUUAAGCUUUAUUUAUCUGACUUACACUGUUCUAAGUAAAAUGAAAUUAACUUCAGCACAUAAUGGCGUCCUUUUGAUGAAGUCAUUGCCAUUAUAUUCAUUUAAUUGUAUUAAAUGAAGACAUUUUUGAGGCCAGCCUUUAAUUAUGCAUUCUUGUAUGUUAAACCUGGCUUUGUCUUGCAUUCUUCCAACAUACCAUCUGAUUAGCCCUGUCUGCUGUGAAGGAACUUUAUUUCACUUGCCCCACUUAUUUUAAAUUUUUGAUGAUUGUAUUAAAGAUUGUUGUGCAGGGAUGUGACUAAUGCGCUGUUAAUGAAACUAGAAUUCUCUUAAUCUCCAGCAUAUUCCUUUUGCAGGUCCUAAUAAUGUAUAUUUAUAUACAACAGGGAUGAUACUGAAAUGUUCUUUAUUCUGUGGCAGCCUCAGGGUUCUUUUCAUGUAUUGAAAGAGAAAUCCAGUAGGUUACAAGGUGAGAAAACUGUUGUAAUUCAUACUGUAUAUUUGCUAUGGACAUGGCAUAUAUAGCAAAUGCCUGGAAAUAACCUCUUAGAAAGUAUUUUUGUUAACUUGACUGGAAAAUAAAGAUGGCUUAGCAGUCA